UUUAGUGCGCUUCGGCGGCCCCGCGGUUCCUGCCUAACAGCCCUGGACUGAGUCUUCCCGAGUCAGGGACCCUCCGCUGGUGCCCUAAGGAGUGGACACCUGCCACUGUGUCUCCCUAGGAGGGGUCGUGGCUCCGCCGGCUCCUCACACCCGCACAGAAGCCACAGAGCUUCACGAUCCCGUUUUGCCCUCCUUUGCAACUCCAGAACCUUCCGACCUCCGCUAGUUCCCACUGGCCCCUGUUCCUUGCCCAUCCCGCGCUCAAAGGGGGGCAUCUCACCACCCCCUACAGCCUGGACCUGGCCAGAUGCCUAAGGGGCCCCUUCCUGAUCACCCCUCUCUCCUCUCACUGUCUGUCCUCUUGGAGGCCUCUCUUAACCAGGGGCCAGUGGGUACCCCCUUCCUCCAGGAUGUGAGCCCCUUUAACCUGUAAUGCUGUGGCUGACCCUUGGCCCCUUCCAUGCCAUGGAGAACCAGGUGCUGGUGAUUCGCAUCAAGAUUCCAAAUAGUGGCGCGGUGGACUGGACGGUGCACUCCGGGCCGCAGUUACUCUUCAGGGAUGUGCUGGAUGUGAUAGGCCAGGUUCUGCCUGAAGCAACAACCACAGCAUUUGAAUAUGAAGAUGAAGAUGGUGAUAGAAUUACAGUGAGAAGUGAUGAAGAAAUGAAGGCAAUGCUGUCAUAUUAUUAUUCCACAGUAAUGGAACAGCAAGUAAAUGGACAGUUAAUAGAGCCUCUGCAGAUAUUUCCAAGAGCCUGCAAGCCUCCUGGGGAACGGAACAUACAUGGCCUGAAGGUGAAUACCCGGGCUGGACCCUCUCAACACAGCAGCCCAGUAGUCUCGGAUUCUCUUCCCAGCAAUAGUUUAAAGAAGUCAUCUGCUGAACUGAAAAAAAUAUUAGCCAAUGGCCAGAUGAAUGAACAAGACAUACGAUACCGAGACACCCUUGGUCACGGCAACGGAGGCACAGUCUACAAAGCAUAUCAUGUCCCAAGUGGCAAGAUAUUAGCUGUAAAGGUCAUACUGUUAGAUAUUACACUGGAACUUCAGAAGCAAAUUAUGUCUGAAUUGGAAAUUCUUUAUAAGUGUGAUUCGUCAUAUAUCAUAGGGUUUUAUGGUGCAUUUUUUGUAGAAAACAGGAUUUCAAUAUGUACAGAAUUCAUGGAUGGGGGCUCUUUGGAUGUAUACAGAAAAAUUCCAGAGCAUGUCCUUGGAAGAAUUGCAGUAGCAGUUGUUAAAGGCCUUACCUAUUUGUGGAGUUUAAAGAUUUUACAUAGAGAUGUGAAGCCCUCCAAUAUGCUAGUAAACACAAGAGGACAGGUCAAGCUGUGUGAUUUUGGAGUUAGCACUCAGCUGGUGAAUUCUAUAGCCAAGACGUAUGUUGGAACAAAUGCUUAUAUGGCGCCUGAAAGAAUUUCAGGGGAGCAAUAUGGAAUCCAUUCUGAUGUCUGGAGCUUAGGAAUCUCUUUCAUGGAGCUUGCUCUUGGGAGGUUUCCAUAUCCUCAGAUUCAGAAAAACCAGGGAUCUUUAAUGCCUCUCCAGCUUCUGCAGUGCAUUGUUGAUGAGGAUUCGCCUGUCCUUCCGGUUGGAGAGUUCUCCGAGCCAUUUGUACAUUUCAUCACUCAGUGCAUGCGAAAACAGCCAAAAGAAAGACCUGCACCUGAAGAAUUGAUGGGCCACCCGUUCAUCGUGCAGUUCAACGACGGAAACGGCGCUGUGGUGUCCAUGUGGGUGUGCAGGGCGCUGGAGGAGAGGCGGAGCCAGCAGGCGCCCCCGUGAGCCUGCCAUGGGGCGCUAAAAGCCCAGACUGGUCACCAAGGGGACGACCUGCCUGCGGCACCCCCUCUCCAUUUACUGUCUACACCAGAAGAGCUUUGCUGUGCCUCGGCCCCCCUGCUCUCACCUUAGACUCUGUCUGAAGAUGGCCUGGCCUGGGGCGCCCUCCGAGGUGACCAGCCCUGCCAGGGCAAGCACUUCCCUCCGGUCUGGACGCACUGACUGGUGGGGUCGGGGUGUGUGGCGUGUGGGACAUAAGAACCAUGCCUCCUUUGCCCCCGUUCUUCCUUUCUCCUAACAUACACCUUUGUAAAAGGUCAGGCCCCAUCAGCGUCACUGAUGGGAAUAAAAGUGUCAGUGCUUUGUAACUGCCUCCCCCAUGAGGGGUGCCCUAUGCAGGGAGUCUGCUACCCACUCAGGGUUGGGGGCUGGGGCUCCGUUUCAGUGCCACCCCUGUGCCUGGAGCUGCCCAUCCCCAGGCACCUGUAAUCAAGCACCCUGAACCAAGCCCCAUGGCAGAAGUGGCCGGGCCAGCAUCAGCGCUGGGCGCUCAGGACCCCACUCAGUGAUCCAACCUGGGUGGUGGGGAAGGAGGGCAGGAGACAGAGAGCUGGGAAGAGAACCCAGUGGUUUUGAGACCCUACUACCACCUCCCCCAGGCCUCCACCCCAAGGGUAGGGGGUGCAGCCCUUGACCCCAUACUCAGAGAACCUCUCUCACCUCUGGCCAUGCAUAGCCACCCUCUCAGGUAAUCCUCUCAAACACCCACCACGUAAGUGUGGUUACCCCCAUCUGACAGGCCGGGAACGCAGGCUCAAGAGACUCGGGCCUCCAUGUGGAGAUCUGAGUGGCAUCUGGACAUAUCGAAGAGUAGACUCCCAAGGCCACACAUAGUUCAGAACCUUCUCUAUCACGUUUCCCUCUCCAUGAUGGUGCCUCCUCCGCCCACCACCACCAGUGCCCAAACUCAAAUGCUGGGACCCAAUUUUGACUUUCUCUUUCACGCCGCUUACCUCCCCCACCUGGAAGUCCUGUCGUCUUUGCCUUCAAAAUGUAUUGUUCCAUCCCUUCUCCCCUGGUGUGAGGCACCACACCUGGGCCACUGCCAGCCUCCUUGAAGGCCCCUGCUCCCACCCUGCCCCUGCUCUUAGAGGAAGCAGUUAACACAAAGCAGGUGGGGGGCUGCCCCCUCAGAGACUCUCCCAGUUCACCGAGGACACGGCCUGAGACCUGUAGUCUGUCCCCAUUAUCUCUGACCUCAACUCCCAUCACCCCCAGCUCCUCUAUUGCCACACCUCGCCUCCUCGCUGACCCUUGAACAUCUAGGCACUCACCCCGCCUCAGGGCCUACCAGACCCCAAAGGUUCUCCCUCCCUAGAGUAGGGCUAUUCUAAGAAGCAGCUGCCCAGUCCCCCUUGCGCUUGACAGGGGCCACGGCACAGCGCUGGUCAACAGAAUGGGAGCAGGUGGUAUGUUGCCCAAGGUGCAGGUUACCCCCAGCUGCCCUGUGCUCCAUCCGCCAUCCGUGAAAAAUGACCAGUAGGGCAUGGGGAAGGCCAAGCCACACGUGGAAGGAGACCGAUCCUUGAAUCACCACUCAGAGGCGCGGGCCCCCAGGAGCACCUGCGCUGCGCUGUUCCGGGAGCUGGCGCCGAGGGACCGUGCUGAUCUGUUACGGGCAGCUAGUAGGACACCAGCCACCACAGGCCUUUGCACUUGGUGCAGGAGCGCUGUCCCCUGUAUCCACACGGCUCGCUUCUACACCCUUCGGAUCUUUGUUCAAAUGACCUGUCCUGUAGAAUGUUAAAAGCCGAUGUUGCUUCAAUAAACAUUGUUGUAAAUGGCGU